AAUACACAUCAAACUCUUGAAAUUUGGACUAUAUUAGAUAAAUUGUACCAGAAGGAAUAGCAAGUCUAAAGGGUUUUCAAUAUAUUCUUGCCUGAUAUGUUUUGUUAGCUCUAAUAAAGCAGAGAAACAAAACCUAUUAGUCAACACUCUCUGCAUUUGUAGAAGUCAGAAACCAGAUUGCUUAAGUUUUUGACAAUGGUGGAGCUCACCAAGAACCUAAGAUCAGAUAGGUUGACUCUAGUAUUAGUUAAUAUAGCUGGUAUAAUGGAGAAAGCUGAUGAAACUUUAUUACCUGGUGUUUAUAAAGAAGUUGGCAAGGACUUGCAUACUGAUCCAACUGGUCUUGGUUCACUCACACUCUUUAGAUCAUUCGUUCAAUGUCUUUGUUAUCCGUUGGCUGCUUAUCUUUCUGCUCGUUAUAACAGAGCUCAUGUUAUUGCUCUUGGUGCUUUUCUUUGGUCCGCUGCCACUUUCCUUGUUGGUGUCUCCUCCACCUUCACUGAGAUAGCAAUUUCCAGAGGAUUGAAUGGAAUAGGACUUGCAAUAGCCACACCAGCAAUCCAAUCUCUAGUUGCUGAUUCAACUAACGAAAGUAACCGCGGUACUGCGUUCGGAUGGUUAGCACUGACAUCAACUUUUGGCUCAAUUCUUGGUGGACUUUUGGCUGUGCUGUUAGCUGAAACAUCAUUCAUGGGGAUCUCUGGCUGGAGACUCGCCUUCCAUCUGGUUGGUCUUGUAAGUGUUCUUGUUGGUUUUUUAGUCCGUCUCUUUGCCAACGAUCCACGAUAUCUUGGAAGCAAUGCUGACAAUGAAAAAGUUCAACAACCAUUUAAAGAAGAAGUCCGUGAACUGCUAAAAGAAGCACAAGCGGUUAUCAAAGUGCCCUCCUUUCAAAUAAUUAUAGCCCAAGGGGCUUCUGGGACAUUCCCCUGGUCAGCAUUGUCAUUUGCCACAAUGUGGUUGGAACUUAUCGGUUUCUCUCACAAGACGACAGCACUUCUCUGGACAUUGUUUCGAGUUGCUGAGUCACUUGGCGCGUUGUUUGGAGGAUUCAUGGGGGAUGUGUUGGCUAAGCGCUUGCCUAAUUCUGGUAGGAUUAUACUCGCUCAGAUCAGCACUGGAUCAGCAAUUCCUUUAGCUGGAAUUCUGCUGCUGCUAUUGCCUAAUGAUCCUAAAACAGCCAUGCAGCACGGUUUAGUCUUGGUCAUCAUGGGAUCAGCCAUGUCAUGGUGUGGUUCAUCAACAAACAAUCCAAUAUUUGCGGAGAUAGUUCCUGAGAAAGCUCGAACGAGCAUUUAUGCUCUGGAUAGAUCUUUUGAGACCAUCUUAUCAUCUUUUGCUCCUCCACUGGUUGGUAUUUUAGCUCAACAAGUUUUUGGUUAUAAACCAAUCCCGAAGGGAUCAACAGGCUCACAAGAAAUUGAAACAGAUAGACAAAAUGCUGCAUCACUUGCCAAGGCAUUGUACACUGCAAUAAGCAUUCCAAUGGUCAUAUGUUGUUCCACCUAUUCCUUCCUCUAUUGCACAUAUCCAAGAGAUAGGGAUCAUGUCCGGUUACAGCUGAUUGAAGAAACAGGCAAUUCUCCAUCCGAAGAACAACAGCCCUUACUUGAGAGCGAUGAGCACAGACUUCUUUCAGCAAUUUAAGACUGCCUAUACAUAGAAUCCAACAAGCGCAAUCUCGCUUCUUGUUAUGUUGUUUGUAUUAUUGCAGUAUGGUAGUUUUUAAGCAGUCAUCUUUCAUUCCGAACCGGAAAAUAUUUGUUUUCUUCUACUCAGUGAUGUAAAUUCCUUUCUGAGUUGUAUUUAAGUAUUAUUUUCAAAUGAAAUAUGUAAAAUUAAUUAUAUCAA